CUUUAAAAAGCUCUCCAGCCCUCGAAUAGCUUGUCUCUUUUCUUUAUGUGUUACUUUCGGCUAAUUUGCGAAUUGUGAAAAGUGGAUUUAAACGAAAUUAAAGUAAAUUAUUUAAAAAGAACAGAAAACAGAGGAUAUUUAGAUAGUUUCAGUUCCCUGCCGUAUUGUGAGAUUAUUGCAUACAAUUUACCCGCUGAUGUGUGCGCGGCGCGGCACAAACGAACUGGAAAAAAAGUUACCUCUAAAAAUAACCAAAAAUCAAGCUAUUCUCAACUUUAAUUUGACAGCCAGCGAGGCCUCGUCCAUGAAUCUAUCAGCAACAUCAAUGCAAUAAAUGUCUAAAAAUAUAUAGAGAUAUAGAUAGGCAUAUUCCAUGACCAUUGGCAACGGGAAGAAUUGCAAUUAGGACCAGAGCAGACGCGCGACAUCCUUUAUUGUAAACAACAAAAACUCUUUUGGUCAGAGUUGGUUGCAAAACCAGAGGCAGAGACUUAGGCACAAAGGAAUCGGGAACGGUGCAAAACGACGGUAGAACUCGGGAGCGUGGACAUCAGACUGUAGAGCGAUCAUACAGAUGGAGAGGAGAUGACGAAGUUACAGAAACUUAAUAACUAAACAAUACAAAAUGUGGAAAUCGGUCAGACUGAAGACUGGAGAAAGUGUGUGAGAGAAAAAGAACUAUCAAAUAAUCGCUUUAAGAUGUUGUCACAUUAUAUUAAAAGAUUUAUUGAACCAAAAACAACCACAACAAUGCGACACACUCGGCUGAGAUGACGACUCUCGGUCUCUGGCUCAUUCUCCCAGCAAAUGCAAAACACCUUCGACAAGUCAAGUGGAAAUUACUUAACAGCAGUACAAUUGAGCUGUGUGGCAUCUGCUGCUCUAAAAUGGACGACCCAGUACCGCCGCCAACCAAAAAAAUUAAAAUCGAUCACUCGAAAAACAUAUUUGACUUGCCGUUGAAUAUUGUCAAUGUGAUAUUCAAGAAACUUUGCGACAACGACAAGCAGAAAUUCGCCAAAGUGCAUCCGCUGUACAGAACAGCAGUGGCUGAUCAGAGUGUUAAGCCUCUGACUGAUAUUUUUCCACUUUUUGCCACAUCAAUUGUCCUCAGUCGUUUUGUGAAGGAGUCGCAGCAGUGUGCCACAAUUCUGUUGUCCCGUGUAGAGCACAUUUGUCCCCACAUAAUAGCCAUGGAAGUGAAUGCAGACGACUCAGACCUAGAAAUUGUCGAAUUGGUUCUAACCAGAAUGAAAAGGCUCAGAUCACUGGACUUGAAUAUAAUUGGUGAGGACAUAGAAAAAUUCACUCGCAUGCUGCACAAACUUCCAAAUUUGGAAGAACUAAGAUUAUACAGCAAGGAUAAGGUUAAAGCAGAGUAUCCCAAAACCAAGAAAGAAAUUGACAUCUAUCAAAUUUGUUUGCCAAUGAAAAAGCUGCGCCUCUUUGGCGCCUAUGGAUUUUGUAUAAACCCCACUCAAGUUGUAGAAUUGGCCUGCCCACAUCUGAGAACGCUGAUAAUGGUUGCCUGCGAUAUAAUUGCAGAACUACCGCAUAUACCGCAUCUUUCGGGCAUGAUUUUAAAUUAUAAUACAUUUUCGCCAAAUGUUCGAUUCUACGAGUGGAUUUCGAAAUAUGGCAAAGCAUUGAAGAAAUUAAUGCUCUAUCGGUAUAACCCACGUGUCGAAACUAUUCCAACGAACAAAAUGUUCAAAUGCUGCAACAAAUUAAAAUUUAUUCGCUUGGAUACGUUUACCAGAGAAGAGGAAUUUAUGAAAAACUAAGUUCAUAAAUUUAUGGUAGAAGUGGAAGCUAUUCCCAUUAUGCAGGAAUAUGAAAUAUGGUUAUAUAAAAUAUGGCAUUUUCGAGCCUGAUGUUGUUACUUGCCACCGCCAAAAUCUUCAAGGAACCUGGCAUUAUAUUUUCAUUAUUAAUUUUUUGUACUCAAAAUUAUCAUUUUCAUCUACUCUACAUACAUCUGCAUAUGUAUGGUUGUAUGUAUUUAAUACGGAAUGGUCCUCACAGUGAAAUAUAAUUAUGUAUACUUGUUCUUUGCGUGAA